AAAAUGUGUGUUAUUGUGUUCAGUGAUGAAUAUGAGUGAUGUGAGAGAUGUGAGUCUGUCCUGGUACAAAGGGAACAGUUUAUUGUCCAUCAUCAGUGUGUCUGAUCUCAACAUCAGACUCUCUCUACCUCUGGAGGUUGAAUAUCAGGAUACAAACACAUACAGAUGUGUACUCAACAAUCCCAUCACAAACCAAACUCAACAUCUCAACAUCACUCAUCUCUGUCAGCCGUGUUCAAAUACAACAGCUCUCACCUUCAUUCUGAUCUGUUGUGUUGUUGUCGGAUCUCUGAUGAUUGUCACUUCAGUUCUGAUCUUCUGGAUCUGUAAGAAACUCAGAAACACACAGCAACAGGUUCAAACCAUAGAAGAGGAAAUCACUUAUGCAGAUACAACAUUCUAUAAAAGAGCAGCAAAUAAACCGGGAUCUGAGGAUGAUGUGGUGUAUGCAGAAGUCAAGAGAUGAUAAACAAACUCGCUGUGAUUCUCAGAUCAACAUUCAGAUGUCCUGACAGCAGGGGCGGAGUGGGACCAAAAAAUCUACCGGGACAUUUUGUAGACCACCGGCUUUUAGUCACAGCAUACAAACUGAUGUUGUGUUAAUCUCUAUACAACUUUACUGGAGAUUACAACACUGUCAGAUUGUUGUUCUGUUGUUAUUUCAGACAUCUGAACUGUUGAAGAAAAUGUUUCUUAUGUUUGUUUUUCUCUCUUUCUGCUUCACUUCUCUGGUUGGUGUGUUUGGUGAUGAAGUGAAGUCAGUGUCAGUGAUGGAGGGAGAUUCUCUAACUCUACACACUGAUAUUACUGAAAUACAGAGCGCUUAUAUGAUACUGUGGUGGUUUGAAACUCAUGGGACUCUCAUAGCUAAAAUCAAUAAAGACACCAAUAAGAUCUCAAUAUAUGAUGAUGUUUUUGAUGGGAGAUUCAGAGACAGACUGCAGGUGAAUAAUCAGACUGGAGAUCUCACCAUCACAAACAUCACAACUCAACACACUGGACUUUAUCAAAUAAUCAUCAGUGGCAGACAGGAGACCUCACACACAUUCAAUGUUACUGUCUAUGCUCGUCUGCCUGUUCCUGAUAUCAGCAGAGACUGUACACAAAACUCCUCAUUAGUCUCAAAAUGUGUGUUAUUGUGUUCAGUUAUGAAUAUUAGAGAUGUGAGAGAUGUGAGUCUCUCCUGGUACAAAGGGAACAGUUUAUUGUCCAGCAUCAGUGUGUCUGAUCUCAACAUCAGACUCUCUCUACCUCUGGAGGUUGAAUAUCAGGAUACAAACACAUACAGAUGUGUACUCAACAAUCCCAUCACAAACCAAACUCAACAACUCAACAUCACUCAACUCUGUCAGCCGUGUUCAGCUCUCACCUUCAUUCUGAUCCGUUGUGUUUUUGUUGGAGGUCUGAUGAUUUUAGCAUCAGUUCUGAUCUUCUGGAUCUGUAGGAAACUCAGAAACACAGAGCAACAGGUUCAAACCAGAGAAGAGGAAAUCACUUAUGCAAAUACAACAUUCUAUAAAAGAGCAGCAAAUAAACCGGGAUCUGCAGUAGAGGAUGAUGUGGUGUUUACAUGA